UCAUUUGGGGUCCUGCCCCUUCUCAGCCCGCCUUUGGUGCUGUCCUCAGAAUAGCCUGACGCUCAUGACAGGACAAGGGGGCCCGAUAUCCCACUACUCCUUUUACCCGACUCCAGGGACAACAUCAUAUGGUCUGUUCAGGAAGAUUUUAGCGAGAACAGGCAUUAUUCGCUUCCGCAAGCGCCAAAGUUGGGUUCCCGACCCCGGCGCGCGUGGUGGGGGCCUCGGGGCGGAGUCCGGGCGGGCGCGUGCGGCGCGGCCCUGCGAGCGGCGCGCACUAUAAAGCGGGACUCGAGGCCGCCCGCGCACGCUUUGGAGAGAGUGAAGGACGGGUUCUUCCAAGGGAUGGAUGUGUGUCCUAGCAGCUUUCACUGUUUCGGGUUACUAACAGUCUCUUAAAGUGCAGUUAAUUUGGCCUCUGUUCCUGAAGGUGUAUCUUCAAGCUGAGGGACCACGUACUAUGACCCCAUUUUGGUGGUUCCUCCAGGAGUUGAACAGCCCCGCCAUCCCUGUGCUUGCCCCUGAGCCAGCGCCCCUCUGGGCUUCCUACUGUUCCCUGCAGGGCACAGCUGUGACCAUGGCCGAGAGAGCACUGGCGCCCACCCAGAUAGGGCGGGGGGACCGUUACUACACAUACACCGAGCUCCUGGCCAUCUCUCGGCGCUUCAAGCAGAACCCCAAUGAGCUCAUGAUCACCUGGAUCCUGCGCGUCUAUGACCAGGGUGGGCCGGCCCUGUCCCUGAAUUCUGGAGAGCUAGCCCUGCUGGGCGACCUGACCAGCGAUGCCAUCUUCAACUACCGCUGUAAGACCCUGCGGGGCGGCUGCAAGGCCCUGCUCACCUGGCUGCUGCUGGCCUGGCGCCGGCGCUGGGAGUCCUUCCUGCACUUCGAGGCCACCGAGCUGCCCUUCCGCCCCUGGACCACCAUGGAGGAGGGUAUCCAGCUGGUGCGUGAGCUGGGCAUGCUGGACUGGAUCUACCGCGAGCCGCCCUCCCCUCCUGCAGGAGAGCAGGGGCCAAGGCCCGCGCCCGAGGACGUGCCCUUCACGCAGGGCCUCCAGCGGCGCCUGCUGACGGCCGCACCCUCUGAGCUGCGGCUCUCGCUCGUCAGCCUGCUGGUCAAGGGUAUGACGGUGCUGGAGGCGGUGAUGGAGAUCCAGACCAUCGCCGAUGUGGGCCUGCUCUGGCGCCAGAGCCAGCCGGGCCGCGCCAAGCUCAUGUUGGGGCCCAACCCGACGCGCAAGGACCUCAUGGGCUGGCUGCUGAGCCACGGUGUGCCCAAGGAGCGGGUGGACAAGCAGCCCACCAAGGUCCUCCUUGAGCUGUACAUCAAAGAGGCCAAGCGCAGCCGCAGCCACCCCACCUACGUGCUGGGGGAAGAGCAGCCCCCGCCUCCCCCCUACUCAGACCAGGCCUGUGGGGAGGAGCUGCCCGUGCGGCUCGACUAGGCCUCCUAGGCUUGUCCUUCUGGAUGGUACUCGGUGGCGGAGGGAGGCUGGGUUCCCGGGGAGAUGAAGUCAGAGCCGCUGUCUCCUGAGCACGCCCCCCACCCCCCGCGUGGACUGAGGGAUGGCCCGCCUCCCGAGGGCAGGCUGCCCUGUUACUGUAUUCGAGGUUCCCAGGAGAGAGGACUGUCCUGGCCCCCAGGCACCCCACACGUGUCACCAGCCAGUGGUGGAGGAAGGCGAGCCCGCCUAUAGCCCUGGUUGCCUUGUUCCCCCCGGGGCACGACCUGUUCCUUCUGGUCUGUUACAUUUCAGUCCGAUGGGCACAGUGGGUAGGCACCCACCCCUCGGCCACACGGGCCCCCAAAGCACUACAGGCCAGGUGGGGAGACCCCACAGCCCAUGAUAUGAAAGCACCUUGAAGUUUGUACGCUUUUUCUUAAGGUAUUUUUUAAAUGCAAUGUUUUUACCUGAUAAUUUAAGUAUAUGCAACACUUUGGUUUUAGGGAUGCUCCUUUCUCUUGGAAUGGUUUUUCCCUUAAGACUUUUUUUUUUUUUUUUAAGUUUUAUUAUUAUUGUUUUACAAUUCCUUUCCAUUUUAAAGUGGACUUCUGCUGUUUGCUCACCUGGAGCCAGUCCCAUCUGAUUUCUCUCGGUGGAUGUGUGACCUCUGUCCAGUGUCUUACAUCUGGAUUAAAGGUGUUGGGGCCAAGAAUCACAGCUUCGUGAGCACAGACAGCCACCCUGGCAGGCUGCGCUAGGCACAUGGGACUCAUUAAAAUAACGUGAGCAUU